AUGUCGACCCUCGCAGCAGAAAAUCCGGCGUCUCCCAAUGCCAUCCCCAUCCGAUACAGCUCCGCCGGCGUUACCAAUGGCCUUGCACAUCAACCCUCCAAAUCCGUUCUCAAACCUCUGCCGGAGGACUCAUGGAUCUCGCCCAAGCUACACUCGAUACCCAUGAACGCCCCCGUCCUAUCUGACCACACCAACGCGCUCAAGCGCAGGCACUCGAAGAAGAAGUCCGCACCAGAGAAUCUGAUAUCUCAGCGGGUCGGAGAAUGGUCACCUCAGAAAGAGAAGAUUAUCAUGGGGCCCUACGACUACCUGUUCGCGCACCCAGGCAAGGACAUUCGGUCGGGCUUGAUUAAGGCUUUCAAUGCAUGGCUACACGUUCCGCCAAAGUCGCUCGACAUUAUCACAAAAGUGGUAGGCAUGCUACAUACAUCCUCUCUCCUCAUCGAUGAUGUCCAAGACAACAGCGUACUGCGGAGAGGCAUCCCGGUUGCCCACAAUAUCUUUGGCACGGCCCAGACAAUCAACAGUGCAAACUACGUCUACUUUCUCGCCCUGCAGGAGCUCUUGCAUCUGGAUAACAAAGACGAAGCCAUGGAAACCUUCACCACCGAGUUACUCAAUCUCCACCGUGGACAAGGAAUGGACCUGUACUGGCGGGACACAUUGACUUGUCCCACCGAGGACGACUACCUGGAAAUGGUCCAGAAUAAGACAGGUGGCUUGUUUCGUCUCGCUAUCAAGCUGAUGCAGGCAGAGUCACCAGAGAAAGGCCGGAUAGACUGCGUACCCCUUGUCAACCUCCUGGGCUUGGUCUUCCAAAUAUGCGACGACUACCUGAACUUGUCCUCUAGCACAUAUACAAAGAACAAGGGUCUGUGCGAGGACCUGACAGAGGGCAAAUUUUCUUUUCCCAUAAUCCAUUCGAUUCGCAGCAACCCCACGAAUUUGCAGCUCAUCAACAUUCUCAAGCAGAAAACUAAUGACGACGAGGUCAAACGGUAUGCUGUGAAGUAUAUGGAGGGAACAGGCAGCUUCGACUAUACGAAGAGAGUCGUUCGUGAACUGAGGACCAAGGCCGUCAAUCUGAUCACGGAUAUGGACGGUGGUUCGGGCAAGGGGAAUGAAGUCAAAUUGAUUCUGGAUAAGAUUGCGGACUCGACACUUGAUGAUCGGAAUGGUGUUCAUAAUUUAACCUCGGAAGGAGUUCAGGGAGCCAGGCCAGUCGAAUGGUGA